AUGGCGAUGCAGGUGACCUCAAGCGGACCGCAGACCCUGCAGAAAGCCCAGGGUGACAGGGUGACUCUGGGUUGCACAUACACGCCAGGGCCCUCAGACACUGGAGAACUGGACAUCGAGUGGUCAGUGAUCAGCGCAGACACCACUCAGAAAGACCAGCUGAUCAUGUCAUACACAGGGGGACAGAAAUAUCUCCAUGGCAACCCUGGUAUAACAACAGGAUUGGACUUUGCAGCUAGAGACCCCUCCCGGGGAGAUGCCUCUCUCACCAUAGCAACCCUGACUCCUGCACAUGCUGCAACCUAUCAGUGCAAAGUGAAAAAACCACCUGGUGUUGACAUGCGGAAAGUUUCACUGGUGGUGCUGGCGCGGCCUUCCGUACCCAAGUGUUGGAUGGAGGGCGGGGAGGAGGUUGGGAGUGCGGUGUCCUUGCACUGCAAGUCUUCUCACGGCUCCUCGCCGCUCCGCUACGUCUGGAGGAGAGACAGAGGAGGUGCGAUCCCUCCCUCCGCUACUCAGAACUCCCACACCGGGGAGCUGCUGAUCCGUAACCACUCUCGGAGCUUUGAGGGAAUCUACUUGUGUGAGGCAUCCAACGCAGUGGGGCAGGAGAGCUGCAAACUCAGGCUGCACGCUGUGAAUCCCCCUAGCAGAGUUGGGGUGAUCACCGGGACAGUGGUGGGCUGCGUCCUUCUGAUCAUCAUCGUUCUAUUGGUCAUCUGGCUCCUCAUCUACAAAUUUGAUUGGUCACGUCACGAGAAAGAGCUUUCCAAUGAGAUCAGGGAGGAUGCCAUAGCCCCGGAGAGUAGGCCGACCAGCCGGGUGUCCAGCCGCUACACCGGCGUUGCCUACAGCCAGGUCGGCACAGGUCACGCCCAGCACCUGCCCUCAGACAGCACCAGCUACAGCCUGGCCAAAUACGACAGCAGAUAUGGCUACGCUGUCUGA